AUGGCAAACAUGAUGAACAUGGGUGCGGAUGACCACGCCUCCGACCGUGGCUCUACCGAGAGGAAGGCCGGCAAGCACACCUACGAUACUCAGGUCGAUGUCGACGCAAACAACCAGGAACUCGAUGAGAACGACGACACCCACCAUCUCCACCGUAACUUGAGCUCGCGCCAGAUCACCAUGAUAGCCAUUGGCGGUGCCAUCGGCACCGGUCUCAUCAUUGGCACUGGAAAGGCUCUCGUUCAGUCCGGCCCGGCACCGAUGUUCAUCGGAUACACUCUCGUCGGAUUCCUCUGUUAUUUGGUCAUGGCGGCAUUAGGAGAGAUGGCAGCAUGGCUUCCUCUGCCUUCUGGUUUCACCGGCUAUGCUACUCGCUUCGUCGAUCCAGCCCUUGGCUUCUGUCUUGGUUGGAAUUACUGGUUCAAGUAUAUCAUCGUCACACCAAACAAUCUUACUGCGGCGUCACUUGUCGUCCAGUAUUGGAUCGCACGUGACACGGUCAAUCCCGGGGUCUUCAUUGCUGCCUUCAUGGUGGCAAUUAUGAUCAUGAACUAUGUCGGGGUCAGGUUUUUUGGAGAGAUCGAAUUCUGGCUGUCUUCAAUCAAGGUCCUUGUUAUCUUGGGCUUGAUUAUCCUCAGUUUGAUUCUCGCAUGUGGUGGUGGACCCGAAGGAGAAGCAACUGGAUUUAGGUACUGGAAGGAUCCAGGGGCUUUCCAUCCAUACAUCCUGGAGGGUGCCGCCGGAAGAUUCUUGGCUGUUUGGGCGACCUUUACCACCGCGGUUUUCGCCUACCUCGGAACCGAGCUUGUCGGUGUCACUGUCGGUGAAGCAGCGAAUCCGCGCAAAGUCAUCCCCCGCGCCAUCAAGUUAACCUUUUACCGGAUCCUGCUGUUCUACGUUGUCCUCAUCCUCCUCCUCGGAAUGAUUGUCCCAUACAACUCGCCGGAAUUGGCGAGCGCAAUCAAUAACGGUGGCAACACGGCAACAGCAUCUCCCUUUGUCGUUGCCAUCAAGCUGGCCAGUAUCCCAACACUUCCGGGGGUCUUCAAUGCCUGUCUUCUAAUCUUUGUCUUCUCGGCGGCCAACUCCGAUCUCUACAUUGCCUCUAGAACGCUCUACGGUCUAGCCCACGAAGGAAAAGCACCCUUGCUCUUCACCAGGACCGAUUCACGCGGUGUGCCAAUCUAUGCCCUGGCUCUCUCCAGCGCCUUCUGCCUCUUGGCCUUCCUCGGUAUCAACACGGAAUCUUACACCGUCUUCAGCUACUUCGUCAACCUCGUGACCAUGUUCGGUCUGCUCACCUGGAUCUCCAUCCUCAUCUGCCACAUCUGCUUCGUCAACGCCCGCAUUGCCCAGAACAUCCCCGACACUGCCUUAGCCUUCGUCGCUCCCUUCGGACGCUGGGGCUCCUACGGCGCUCUCGGCUUCUCCCUCCUGAUCGCCUUUUUCAAAGGCUUCGCUCUGUUCUGCCACAAGACGCUCCACCCCGGAAAAGGCUUCGACACCCGCACCUUCGUCACCACGUACCUGGGAAUUCCGCUCUAUAUUAUGAUGUUCUUCGGCUGGAAGUACUAUUUUGGAACCACGCUCAUCCCGUCUGCUGAGGUAGAUCUGUUCACUGGAAAGGCCCGAAUCGACCGUGAGGAGCAGGAAUUCCUCGCUGCUGAGAUGGAGAAGAAUGGUCAACCGGAAACCACGAGGGCGAAGAUCUACCGCUACACUGUGGGGUGGGCUUUCUAG